AUGAUCUCACAAGUCAUGCAAGCACUUACGAUCCUGUGUGCCUUGUUUAUUGCAAGCGCAUCCGCUACACCAUGCCCCCAUCCGUGCAAAUGUUUCACCACCGAGAAUGGAAUACAAGUAGCUAAUUGUACCGACUUACCGGAUCAAAUGACGACCGCAUGGCCACAAAAAAUUCUUCGAAUUCACUUCGAAACUGAUCGUGCGUCAACGGUUAUGUUGAAAAACAAGGCGUUCAAACACUUCCCGCGGCUUACGUAUCUAGAUAUUACUGGAGGCACGAUACACUACGUGGGAAAUUUGGCGUUUGAUGGGUUACCGGAACUAGUGGAACUUAAUCUUGUAGGAACGGGUAUUAGAAAACUACACCGAAAUACAUUCACGAACAACCGGAAACUGGCAUUCUUGUCAUUAAGUAAAAAUCCUAGACUCUUUGUGGGUCCUUCAUUCCUUGUGUCCGAAUCUAUAACCGAGCUUGACCUAUCAGAAUGCGGGUUGACCACACUGAAAAGUGUGUAUUUCAAAAGUUUACCCAAUUUAAAAUACUUGUUCGCUACGAAAAACCAGCUCAAAUCACUCGGUUCACAAUUUGGACCUUCCGGUGUGAAGUUUGUAAACCUUGCCCACAACCAAAUCGAAUACAUUAACGAAGACUUGGAAGCAUAUAAACGUUUGAGAACAAUUGAUCUUACCGGCAAUCCAGUUAACUGCACGUGUGAACUUUCUGAAGUUGAUAAGAAAUUAUCGUCUAGGGGCGUGGCUUUCGGAAAUUCGAUAACAUGCAACAAUACAGGAAAACCGUUGGGUGAUAUGUUUGAAGUAUGUUCAGACAAAGAAAUGAUGGGAGACGACCCCAUGGACAUAUAUCAAGCAGAUCAUUUAUUAAAAAUCGAAAAAAGUGAGAUGCAUUCGUUUGAAGAAAUUGAUGAUUCUGGUUCAGGUUCAGGCAGCGGUGAUAGUGAACCUACGGCGAUAUAUGUUAAAACUACAACACAAACUGAAAUCGAAGACACACAAAAUAACACACAAAUUGACGAGGUCAAAAACAAUACACAAGUCGAAGAAGCAGUAUUUACCAAAACUCAAGUGGGUGAUACAUUUAUAGUUCCUAAAAUCGAAACGACUUCAGUAGAACCCACUACUACCACCGUGGAAGUUUCGUCCAAAGACAAAACGGACGACACUACUGUACUCCCGAACGAGGAAGUAAUGGUUCACGUUCAACCUUCGGUCAAUCCACUUGAUGGGAAUUCAUCCACCAUGCGAUCCAGCAUGGACCGUGGAAUUGUCUCUCAGACGAUACAAGCGCAAGCGCCAGAAGACGAAGACAACGUCCAGACCCAGGUAGCCGAGUUCCUAAAGUCUAAUGUUUAUAUAGCUGGAACAGCGGCCAUAUUGCUAAUAGUCAUCGUAGCUAUUGUGUACAAGGCCGUGUGUUUGGGAAAAUCACGGAGUCACAGUAUUGUGUCCAGCAAUGAUAAGUCCGUCGAGCUCAAAGAUAUAAAAUAUGAAGCAGCCAAUACGGAGGACGCACGUGACGAUUCGCCGGCUAGUUCAGUGGAAGAGAACCUGCUGGGAGACCACGAUAGUGAUGAUGAAGACGACAGUAGUGGCCCCAACGAAGACGACGCAUUGUCUUCGUCACCGGUAACUAAUGGUCACGCUCAAAACGGUUUGUUGAACAGCGUUAUGGAUGCUGUGAAAAAUAACGAGGCGCCCACAGUGAGGACUACACCCGGCGGCCAAGACGUUCCUACCAAAGUGAUAGUGAAAUUGUGUGAAACUCCAAAAGCCUCCAAGCCAAUAACAAUCAAUAACGUCCAUUAA